UUACUUAACCUUCCCUCCAUUUUUUUCUCCCCUAAAAAGUAUUGAGAACCGGGUUUGGCUAUCGACAGAUUUGUUAUACUGCCAUAUCAGCAUCCCAAAUUACUGGUAUCAAUUCUUUUUUCCGAUUAAUAAAAAUGGCGGGAUCAUCAUCAUCAUUGACAGGUAACUAUGAUCUGCCAUGGGUAGAAAAAUAUAGGCCUACAAAGGUUGAAGAAGUUGUGGGCAAUGGGGAUGCUAUUUCCAGGCUUCAAGUUAUUGCCAGGGAAGGCAAUAUGCCUAAUCUUAUCUUAGCGGGUCCCCCUGGAACAGGCAAAACGACGAGUAUACUUGCUUUGGCACACGAACUGCUGGGAAGCAGUUACAAAGAGGGAGUUAUUGAACUCAACGCUUCUGAUGACAGGGGUAUUGAUGUUGUGAGAAACAAAAUAAAAAUGUUUGCCCAGAAGAAAGUGACGCUUCCUCCAGGAAGGCACAAAAUUAUAAUUCUGGAUGAGGCAGACAGCAUGACAUCUGGAGCACAACAAGCUCUUAGACGCACCAUGGAAAUCUUCUCAAAUUCAACAAGAUUUGCUCUUGCAUGCAAUACGUCAGCCAAAAUAAUUGAGCCCAUACAGAGCAGAUGUGCUAUAAUCCGAUACUCAAAGUUAUCAGACCAAGAGAUCCUGCACCGUCUUAUGCUUGUGGUGGAAGCUGAAAAGGUAGCCUAUGUACCCGAAGGACUGGAAGCAAUUAUAUUCACUGCUGAUGGAGACAUGAGACAAGCCUUGAACAACUUGCAAGCCACCUACAGUGGCUUUCAGUUUGUUAACCAAGAGAAUGUGUUUAAGGUAUGUGACCAACCUCAUCCCUUACAUGUCAAAAACAUGGUCCAGAAUAUAUUAGAAGGGAAAUUUGAUGAAGCCUGUAGUCGUUUAAAGGGUCUCUAUGAUCUUGGUUAUUCUGCUACUGACAUCAUCACAACACUGUUCCGAGUUAUUAAAAAUUAUGACAUGCCAGAGUAUUUGAAGCUGGAAUUCAUAAGGGAAACUGGCUUUGCACAUAUGCGGAUAUCAGAUGGAGUCGGCUCACUUCUCCAAUUGUCUGGUCUUCUUGCAAAGUUGUCCAUUGUUAGGGAUACAGCUAAAGCUGCAUAACUAAAAUCAGUUUGGCAAUUUGAAGUUGUGUACACUGUAGUCAUUGUAAAGAUAAACUUGAAUGUUAUUUUGCCCAGAACAGGUGCUAAUAUAACACAAGUGUAGAGAAAUCUUCGAGAAGCAUGUGCUGAAAAGUUCUAGUUUUAAAUGUUUGUCACAGCAUAUUAAAUUAUUGGCUUUAUAAUA